AUGGGCCCAUCUUGCGCAGAAGGGCUAGGCGCGCACUGCACGGGUCUCGAAGCAGCAGCAGCAGCAGGGGCGGAAGCUGGACGAGAUGACGACUGGACCGGAAUGCCAGGGAAAACACAAUAUACGCCCAGACUUCCACGCCGCCAACCUCGCCACUUCCUUCAGCUUGCGAAGGUCGUUGGCUCGCUCCUUCGCCCCUACGCUUCACACACCACGCAUCGCUCUCACGCUUCCAUACUCUUCACCGCACAGAGCCCUUCUCGAUGCUCUAGCCGGAGCGAGUCCGAAACCUCUGCGCGGCACUCCAUUCUCCCUCCCUCCUCGUUUUCACUCUCAAAAUCGCCUCGCGUCGACUCAAACGGGCUCGCCUUCGACUCGCCACCCGUUGCUCGACUCGACAACUUCUACAGAGCUACGUCACGGCGUAUGAAGAGCUGGCGAGGUCUCUCAACCUUCCGUGCGACGGAGGAGGCGGAGGCGGGUGGAAGUCGAUGA